AUGUCUUAAAUCGAAAAUGAAUUAUUCGAACAACUUGAAUAUUUUAAAAUCCCAGGGCCAGGAGCAUAUAAUCCUUAACUCUAAGGAUCAAAUUCAAGUUAUAAGUAUUUAUUAAAUAACACCUAAGAUUUGGGAAUGAAUAAAAAUUAAAAGUAUUUUCAUUUUAGUUACCUCCCGAUCGUAAUGGACCAUCUUACUUUAAUCCUAGAUUAUUUAGCAAUAAUUAAGCUUUUCGGUUAAUAUAUUAUUGAUUAAAUUAGUUUUUCCUCAAAUUAAAAAGGGACCGAUUAUUAUAAUGAAAUUCCUUCAGUAGGUUCUUAUAAAUUGCAAACAAGUUUUGAUAAUGGUAUUGGUUAUUCUUUUGGAAGGAAAUUGCCUAAAGAAUUUUUCUAAUCUCAGCAAAUAAAUUAAUCUUCAAAAGUGUUUGUUUACUAUCCAUAGUCAAAUAAAUAUUAGAUGGGAAAAUGGUUUGAGUAAAUAAAGAAAUUUUAUUGUUUAUUUAGGAAUGAUUAGAAUAAUAAGAAUAACUAUGAAAAGUUGGAAUUGCAAAUGGAAUACUAUCCUAUGGAAGAGUAUAUUGGAAAAAAAGAUGGAUUGUGGGUUGGAUGUAUAAAAAAGUAUAUGAAUAUGGAUAUAAUUUAGUUAAUAAUGUGAAUUAUUUGUAAAAGGUUAAUAUGAGAAUGGCAUAAAAAUUGGAGAAUGGAAAUAUUUUUGGAAAAAAAAUCUUUGUUCUCCUUUUGAAUUGAUGUAACAUUUUUUGAAUAUUAUUAUUUAGUUAUGGAGGAUCAUAUAUUGAAUAAAAUGGAUAAUGGGUUGAGGUGGAUGAAGGUAUUAAUGAGGAAAAUAUUUUAAAGAAAUUGAAAAACUUUUAUUUAUUGGAUCAUUAAGAAAUUAAAACAGUUGCUUCAGAGUUUUUAAGAACUCCAGAUCCAUUUUAAGUUUCAUCUGAAUAAGAAGUCAAAUAAGAAAUUUUGUCCUUUUAAAAUUCAAUUUGGUAUAUGGAUUUUCAGUUUGAAAAUGAAGAAUUCUUAAGGAAAUGUUUUGAGAAGGAUUUGAGUUACAGUUAAAUAUAAAAUAUUGUAACAAAUGAAGAUGAAUUUAAUGAAGUCAAAAAUAUAAUAUGGAAUGAUUAUAAAAUCAUCAAAGAAACACAUAAAUAGUUUUCAUUAUAACAUCCAUCUGGAAAUGUUUGGUCAAUGCCAUUUAGUAUGAUUUCAGCAUUUGCAUCUAAAACAAGAUUGGUUGGCAAUAAAACAUAUAAGAUUGAAAAUUUGAAACGACAAUUUAAAGCAACUUGUAUUGCUUCAAUCGAAACUUAAAAAAAAUAUAGAAAUCCUAAAAUAGCAUUAUGCAGAUAUCAAUUUAUGGAAUUUUUAGUGAGAGUUUCUAUUGAUAAAUACUUGGAACAAAAAUAAACAAAUAAUAUAGUUGAAUCUGUUUAAAUGCUAUUAGAUCAAUGCCUACCUAUCAUGUAAAAAUUCAAUACACAAGAAUGGAGAGAGAUGAGGUACUUUAAUGAAUACUGUGAUGAUUGUUUAAAAUAUUACAAACCUUUGUUAAAUAAUCUGUAUAAUAAAUAUUGUAUAAAAUCAGAAUAAGAGCAAUUUAUGAGCCUUGAUUAAUUUCAUAAAAUUUGUAAUAAAGCAAAUAAGAAUUACAAUUAUAAAUAAAUAAAUAUGGUAUUAAAAUUAUUCAUAUUAGGCAUUCACUUUAUCAAUAAAGUCUUAUAUAGAUGAAUUAGAAAAUGAUGGUAUCAUCUAAAUGACUUUUAUAGAAUUUAUGGAAGCAUUAGCCAGAUUUGCUGAAAUAAUUUCAUUGCCUGCUUAUAAAGAUAUGACUCAUAAAUAAUGUAAAUAGCAGCCAUUGCAUAUCAAAUUAGAAAGAUUAAUUAAACGUUUAGCAUAAACUUGUGCAUCUGAAGCAUAUAAAUAACAAUUUGGAAAUCCUCAAUAAAGUAUAUUUGAUUUUCAACUUAAUGAUGAUGAUUGA